AUGGAAAUAUUACAAAGAAGUUACUCAUCAACAGAAAGAGAAGAUCCUUCGAUUAUAAAUGAACUAUACGAAUUGGUUUUUCAUAAUCAACCGGAGGAACUCAAAUUUUAUUUACAGAGUAAACCAGACAUAAUCUCAUAUAUUUUUACUCACAUUCAUCGAUCGGAUGUCGAACAUUACAGUUUUCUCAUGUUGGCUUCAUUACGUGGGUAUGAUGCAAUCGUAGAUAUUUUACUUCAACAUUGUCCUAAUUGUAUUGAUCAGAUCGCACUGCAAGGACACGUAUACGGUGUUAACGGCGUUUUAAUAAAAAAUGCAACUGCCUUGUGGUGCGCCCUUGAUCGUGGUCAUUUUACAAUUGCAAAGACUUUGAUUGAUUUGGGUAAAGCUAAUGCUGAUGAUGGUACAUCGACUCCAUUUUUGAUUGAAGCCGUUUUCAGAGAACGACUCGACAUUGUUCAAUUUUUAGUUGAAAAUGAUUAUGUUGAUAUCAAUGGAACAGUGACUCGUGAUAGAAAUAAAUAUACGAGCCUCAUCGCAGCUGCUUCCUUAAAUAAUACGCAGAUAUUGACCUAUAUCAUAGAAAAAGGCGCUGAGCUUGAUUAUAGGACGUACGCACACGAUGAUACGGCGCUUACCACUGCUAUUAAACGAGGUCAUUUAGCAUCAGUGAAGUUACUAUGCUCAGCAGGUGCCUCCUGUGGCACAGCCAAUCGUUUUGGGGACACUCCAUUGAUAUUAGCAAUCAAGAACGAUCACGUAGAUAUAGUCGAUACCUUAGUCGAACAUACUCAUGACGACAUAGCUUUCAAUUUUCUUGAACGAAAUGCUGCUUUUUUUAUACUUUCUGACCAUGAUGGUCAACGACAACAACAUGAAUUCAUGAUGCGACUUUUGCAACAAUCAAUACAAAGACGAGAACAAUUUAAUGUACCAAAAACCAUUAUCGAACCUGUUGCUGCUUAUGAUUUUCAUAAAGAAUGUCAAUCUAUUGACGAACUCGACAAGAUCAAACAUGAUAGAGAUCGUCUCUACAUUGAAGCUUUGCUUAUCCAAGAACGUCUUCUUCUGCCUGUGAAGGAUGUGAAAUUAUUUGAGCCUUUACUAACACGAGUCAUUGUACUUGUUGAAAGGAACGAGUUCGAUCGAGCACUUCAUCUAGCACUUCAUACAUUUCAUUUAUAUCAACAGCUAAAAUUAGAAACAAAAAUCCAUCGUUUUGUCUGGAUUUUCUGUAGAAUACUCCAUGCAAACGUUCAUUUUCCAGUUCAUCUUUUUUUGGCAGCAUGCAAUCUUCUCUUUGAACCAUCACAACAAAAGUCAGAUGAUGAGACUCUAAACAAUGCUUUGUAUCUAGCAGUCAUUGCAACAAAGGUUCUCGAACAAGAAGCAAUAGGCAAUAAAGAUCGCGACGCUAUCAUUCGAUGGAUCCAAGAGCUAUGCCGACAACAACGUAUUAUGCCAACUGGACAGACUCUAUUGCAUUUGAGUGUUGAUUCACGAACAAACAACAAUAUCAACUACCGAUCAGAUGACAUCACACCUGCCAUUGUCUUUCCGAAUUUGGCAGUUACAAAGCUCUUUCUUAAAUAUGGAAGACGAUGGAUUGAUGUCGAUGCUACAGAUGGAAUUCGAGGUGAUACUGCUCUACACUUGAUCUCACGCUGUUCAAUACAAGACACCGACAUGCCUUCAGAAGCAAUCGCCAAGUUGCUGAUCAAUGAAGGGGCUCAUGCAGAUUGCAUCAAUAAAUAUGGUGAGACGCCUAUCGAUGUAGCUACUAACAAUCUUAUAAAAAGUCUGUUACGAUUACGACAAAGUCCAUCAUUACUGAAAUGUCGUUGUGCGCGCUUGAUAAUUGACCAGAAAGUACCUUACGAACAAUUAUGGCCAAAGGAAACAUUACUAAAUAAAUUUUUAUUCUUACACGGUGGUUUGAAAUGUGAACAUGCACUUUUAGAAGAUGAUCUGAUGGAACUUUUCGACUGA